AUGUCUCGCGGCGGCACCACGCUCUACGUGACCGGCUUCAGCCACGGCACCCGCGCCCGCGAUCUCGCCUACGAGUUCGAACGUUACGGGCGUCUCGUUCGUUGCGAUAUCCCGGCCCCUCGCUCGUCGUCCAGCCGACUCUUCGCCUUUGUCGAGUACGAGGAUCGACGUGACGCCGACGACGCCUACUAUGAGAUGCAUAACAAGCGCAUGGGCCGCGACGACGUCCUGAAGAUCGAGUGGGCGCGAACCCCUCCCUCGGCAUCGUGGCGAUUCGAAUCUGGCCGCGACCGCGACCGCCGUGGAGGCCCCCGCUCUCCUCGCCGCGGCCGAUCUCCCUCGCCCCGUCGCAGCACUCGCGAGUACUCUCCUCGCAAGGACGAUCGUCGUGACCGCGACCGCGAUCGUGAUCGCGAUUACGAUCGGGAGAGCCGUCGGGACCGUGACCGCUCCCGCAGCCCCGAUCCUCGCGACCGUGACCGUGAUGUCAAGGAAGAGCGCGAUGACCGCGACCGCCGCGAGAAUGGUGCCAACGGCGAGGACCGCAAGGGCGAAGCCCUUGACAGCCCUCCUCCCGCAGCUCAUGACGACCUUGACGUUGCCGAGUGA